UUACUGUUCGAACCGUAUUAUUUUCUUCAACCUGGAACACCCCUUUAGGAAUAGGUAUAUAGCGGGGAUGUUGAUUCGUGCCAAGAUAUAUGAUCCUUUUCAAAGAUUUUUUUCUUCCAAGAUAUAUCAUUUAUUCAGAUAUUUGAAGACAUUUUUUUAUGAAUAAACCCUACAUUAGAGAGAAGAAAAAUAGCUGAUGAAAUGUAUCGCAUGAUAACCAUCAUUGGCAAAUACUCCAUCAUGAGCAUGAUGAGUGAAGCCUGUGAAGAGCAUUUUCCAAAAAAAAACUGAUGAAAAGUGGUAAUAUAUUUUUUGUACAGAAUCUCCAUCGUAAUAUCAUGAUUGGCAAUUUUCUUUUAAAAUCUUUUUAGGCUUAUUCGAUAUUUUUAAAUUCAAUUAGUAAUACUACCUGCUGCCAUUUCAUGUCUAAAGUGUAAUAAUAAUUCAAUUUUGUAUGCCUAUAUGAUAAUGAAUUACACCGGGAAUUACAUUCCUUUACCCUUUCCUAAAUAAGAUUUUAAACUUGUAGGAUGUGCAAAUAAUCAUAACUAAAUCAAAGUUAAAUCUAGAUCACUACCAAGACUAGAUUAGAUUUUGCCUAACUCUAAUCCCCUAACAAAAGCUUUCUCUGCCUUUUGUGUGGUAAUUCUACCCAUGUUGUUAAGAGCUGAUUUGUUAAUAGAUAAUACUGUAAAGAUUGUGGUGUCAAUCGUUGAUCUCAGAUGUAAAUAAUGCAUUAUACAUCGCAGCGAGAUUACCGGUUGUAACAGGGGCAUUUUGUUAGCGCAGUGUUAGUGAAAUGUUAGCUAACAGCGUUUCAGUGCGGUCGAUACAGGUUGUGAUACCGUAUACUGAAUCCAUUUUGCAAGGGAACUUAAAAGAAUUCCACACUCUACUUCAUGAUCAGAUAAGAUCUAAAUUUAUAGACCCUGAUGCAGAAUAAUUAAACUGGAUAAAAAGUGUGAUUUAUACCUUUUCCCAUUCAUGUACAAUGAAAACAUAACAGAAUAUCUCACAUUACUUAGCAUUUCUUCAUAUUAGCACGAAGGAAGAUGGUCGAAAUAUAAACAGUUUUCCUCCAAGUCAGCAAAAGAGCAUAUCUAAAGGACUCUUCAGGAGAUCUAACUCGAGAACAGCUGAUCAGAAUUACUCCCCUGCAACUACCAGGCCUUUCCAUGUUUGGAUGGAAAGUUCAGGACACUCCCGUACUUGUUCAUUGCAUAUUGGUUACUCCCAAAGAAGUGAAAGAACAUUUUCCCUGUAUAGGAAGCAUGCCAUUGCCACCAUGUUCUAGGGCUAAACAUGUUUGCUGACCUUAUAUGUGAAUGAAAAUAAAAUUGUUUUAUGGUAAAUACAAAUAAAAACUGAAAAAGCAGUUGAAACUGGAUAGAAAGAAAAAUCGGACGGGCCUUCAAAAGAAGAGGAAUUUAAUACGAAAUAUAAUAUGUUUAUUCCGUAAAAUAGAAAAGUCAUAAUUAAGAUCAAUGUUAAAAAGGGGCGUGGCUUAGAUGUCAUUAAAAUGACUUAGGGUGCCAAGGUGGUACGUGUCAGAUUCUAAUUUUUUUUUUCUUUUCCUCUUCUGAGGUACUUUAUUUCAUAAAAUCAAAUAACAAUAUAGUCACAUGUAUACAAAACUAAUCAACAGGUGUAGACAAAAAAAAAAGAGUAAUACAAAUGCAGAAAUGGUAAGAGUAUCUAAAACAGAAACUUUUCAAGUUCUUCUAAAACAUCUUUCUUAUUUUUAUAUUUCCACUGAGCAUAAUUCCUGAAAUCAUUUUUAAAUACCAUCCAAAUUGAUUGACUAUUGAACAAUUUAUUCCUAAAGUAAUUUAACAUAUACACUUUGUACACUGCAUAUUGUGCAUAAAUUAAUAAUAGGUUAAUCAAAUUAAAUUUAGACUCACUGAUUUUAAAACCAAUUACAAUAAUCUUUUCUUCUAAAUAAAUGUCUUUUUGAAACCAAUCUAAUAUUAAAGUGUGAACCUUUUUCCAAAAAUCAGUUACUUGGUGACAUUUUAACAAAACGUGAAUAGAUGAUUCAGGUUCGUUACAAAAUGAGCAAAUAAUGUUUGACGAGAUCUUCCAUUUAAAAAGAUUUUCUCUAAAAGGCAAAAUAUUGUGCAGUAAUUUGAAAUUAAAUUGUCUCACUUUAUUAUCUCUGACAUUUUUCAACUUAAAAUCUAAUACGUGCUUCCAUUCAUAAUCUAUUGGUAGUUGACAAAUUUCCUCCCACCACCUUGAAACAGGGGGGUUCUCUUUUUCUGAUUCAUUUAGUAAUAAAUAAAAAUGUUUUGCUUUCAUGCGACAAACUUUAAUGAAAUCACCAGAUGAUAUUUCAAACAUUUCUGGUACAAUUUUUGUUUCAUCUUUGGUGUAAACUGUAUUUCUUAUUUCACUCACCCAUACUUUUGGAAAUGCCUUUUUCAAUUUAGAAAAUUUAAAAUUUAUUAACAAUGAAUUUGUGCCCAAUCGUCUUUGUAAUGAGUCACACGAUAUCCACUGCCCAUUUUAAAAAAGGUCACUGACUUUUUCAAUCUCGUUAGCUUUCCACUCUUUAAAAUAUAAGAGGUCAUUUCCGUGUUUAAUAUUGCUGUUGUACCAUAAUACUUGAUCGAAUACAUCUUUAACGUUAUAAAAGUGAACAUAUCUCAGUUCACUCCAGUACACAAGUAGAUUGACAUAAAACUCUGGUAAUUUGAACUUCGUACAUAAAAAAAGCAUAUCUUUACUCGAACAGUUCAUUCUCAAAACCUCCGAUACAUCUCCGAUGAGGUUUAUCCAGAAUUUAAAAAAUAGUCUCCAUUGUGACUUGUCACCUUUAAGGUAUUUUGUGAACCAAGAUAAUUGUAAUGAUAAAAAUUUAGUUCUUAGGUUUACCAUAUCUAAACCCGAAUUUGCUGGAGAGCGAGUAACAACCGCUCUCUUGACUUUUUCUUUUUUUGGAACCCCAAAGAAAACUGUAAAUUAAUUUGUUAAGUUUAGUCAUGGUAUUCUUUGGAAUUGGUAAACAUGUCCCAAUGUAUACAAAUUGGGAAACAAUAAGUGUUUUUAUAAUUGUUAUCUUUCCAUAAUAUGUCAGGUUUCUCAUUUUCCAUACCCUCAAAAGAGAUCUCACCUUCUCAAUUUUAAGAUCCCAAUUUAAACUUUCACAUUCUUUUUGUUUGGCGGAAAUGUAUACACCGAGGUAUUUUAUGGGCUGAUUUGUCCAUGCUAAAUUGUCCAGUUCCCUUUCUUGGAAAGAUGUAGACAUAGCAUUUGUUUUCAUUAGGUUUAGUUUUGGGCCUGCUAAAAGACCAAACGUUUCAACUUCAUUCAAAGCCAAAUUUCCCGACUCUAUAGAGUUUACAAAAAUAACAGCGUCAUCUGCCAAUUGUGACAUAACGACAUUCUCUUGAACAAUACCAACUGGCAUGACUGGAUUUUCUGAGGGAAUUCGAAUUCCAUUAAUGUAAGCAUUUUGCUUUAUUCUCACUGCCAUGACUUCGGCGACCAUUAUAAAGAGGAGACCUGAUAAAGGGCAACCUUGCCUCACACCUUGCUCUAUUUUGAAUUCUUGGGAGACCCAACCAUUAUUAAUUACCUUCCCUAUCGCAUUGUUAUAAAGAGUUUUAACCCAAACUUUAAAAGUUUCUUUAAACCUCAGUCUAUCUAGUAACAAAAAAAGGAAUUCGUGACUAAUGUUAUCGAAUGCUUUUUUGAAGUCUAGAAAAGUUAAAAUCCCUGGGGAGUUCUUGUAGUGACAAUAUUCAAUAGUAUCUAAAACAAGGCGGAUGUUUUGUACAGAGGAACGUUGUUUUAAAUAACCAGUCUGAUCUGCGGAGACUAUGUUUUCUAACACAGUAUACAAUCUUUUACAAAGUGCUUUUGCAAGGAUCUUGUAGUCAAUGUUCAACAAUGAAAUUGGUCUCCAGUUGUCUAUUACUCUCUUGUCACCUUUUUUAUGCAACAAUGUAAUGACAGCCUGUUUCUGGCUUUCAGACAACUCUUGACUUUCAAAGCCUUCGUUUAAACUAUCGAUCAACAUAUACUUCAAGUCAGAUUCUAAAUAUACACACCUUCAACUAUAACUUUCAUCAAUAAAUUCAAAUGAUCAUGUUUCCUUAAAAAUAAGAAAUGUUCAGAAUCAUAAUUAUGGUGUGUUCUUUUUAAGACCUUUAAAGAGCUCAAAUGACCUAAAAAUUCAUGCACAGGUUUUCAAUAUAAUGAUGAUCAUUUUCAUUAGCUUUAUUCCAUAUCACAUGUAGAAAGGUCGUAUUCCAUCCAAAUUUAGAUAUACAUGUAUGCCUAUGUGAAAAGUGGUUGGGAUUCAUAAAGGAAGAAAAUUCUCAUGGAUGACAAGGUAUCACCCAAAAUAUUCUUAAAAUACACACCAUCAACUACAACUUUCAGUAAAAAUGCUUGACUUGUUUGUAUUCUAACACGAAAAUUCUGAUGUGAAUUCGACCUUUGACCUUAAAUGCCCUUUAACUGACCUGAUGGACGAUUCUUAAAUGCCAUGAGAUUCAUAUGUUUACUUUUGAAUUUUCAGUGGAUCUAAUUUGAUAUAAAAUAUGAUCAUGUUUAUUCCAUAUUACAUGCAGAUCAUAUCAUGUACCGGUAGGUCAUAUUCCGUACAAGUUUAGACAUAUGCCUAUGUGAAAAGUGGUUGGGUUUGAGGUUCAUAAAAUAAGAAAAUAUGAGAAAUUGCCCAUGGCUGGAUGACAAGGUAACACCCAUCAUAUUCUUAAUAUACACACCCUCAACUACAACUUUCAUUACAAAUGUAUAUAAUAUUUGAAUUGUUUGUAUUUAAAACACGAGAUGUUCUGCAUUAUGUGAAAAACUUACGUUUAUGACCCGAUUCGAACUUUCACGACCUUUAAUGACCUUUGAAUGACCUUGACGAGUCUUAAAUGCCAUGAGAUUCAGGUAUGUAGUUUGAAUUUUCAUAAGAUUUAAUUUGAUACCAAACACCAUAUGUUUAUUCUGUAAAACAGAAAAGUCACAAUUAAGAGAAAUGUGAAAAAAAUGGGCGUGGCUUAUGAUGUGAAUAAAAAAUAUCCUUAGAGUGCAAAGAUGGAAACUGUAAAAUACACAACCUCGACUACAAACGUCGGCAAAAUAAUACAUAUAUGUUUUAUGUAACCUUUCAGAACAUGACAGGCUCCUUAUUAUGGUGUAUUACCUUUUUUGUGUCCUAAUUUGACCUUUUAUGACCUUUAAAUUACCUGUACAUGGCCAUAAUGCCAUAUGAGUCGUAAUUAUAUUAAUUAUGUAUAUUUGAUUUGUCAUUAAUUAAUCAAACAUGAUAUGCUUAUUAUGUAAAAUAAAAAAAAAUCACAAUUGAGAGAACGGUGAAAAAGUGGGCGACUUUUACCAGUUUUAUCAGUUGCAUACUCACAUUGCAUGUCCAUGUUGUUCGCAUGGAAGUUCCCUUAUAAUUGUUUACGUAUGAUAUGUAAAGAAAGGGGUUAUGUAGUGUGUACGACAGAAAACAGCUUUUGGAAUUGUUGGAAAAGGAAAUAACGAAAUGAAAAUGAAUACUUUUUAACAGUGUCGACGUUUUUUUUUUUUUACAGCGAGAUGUCCAGAUGGGUGGCUGGAGGGCCACAUCAGCAACAAAUGCUACUUCCUUGAACCUGAGGCAUUCUGGUGGUUCACAUGGUAUGAAGCUAGGAACGUAUGUGCAGACAUCAAUGUCACAGACCCAUAUGGUCAUGUCAUUAAUGCACAGAUCCUUGUUUUAGAGAGCGUGGACGAGAUGUUAGAAUUGAAGCAGAAUGUUAUAGAGUCAUACCAGCUAUGGUAUGAUAAUUGGUGGUACAGAAUGGGUUUGUGGCUCAACUGCAUUGGUAUCAGGGAUGUCGAAGACGGAGAGAUGUUCUACUGUGAAACGAACGAUGAAAUGAUCCCAAUGCAAUAUUUAGACUGGGGACCGGGUGAGCCUUCUCAUGAAAACGUCACUGGUGACAUCCUACAGGAUUGUGUAUCCACCUGGAGCUACUAUUGGCCGUAUGUAUGGACAUUACAGGAAAGAUCAUGUGAACAGCACAGAGCAGCCACUAUUUGCCAAAUCCCAAGAUUCGAGGACAAUGCCACUGAGGCAAUCCAGUCAUCAGUAACUACUGAACCCACCAAAAGUUCUCCGUCCCCCAGCACUACUUCUGGAAUCUCAGAGCCACAAGCAAGAUGUCCAGUUAACUGGUAUGAAGGAGAAAACGAGUGCUAUUACAUAUCUUCAGCAUGGUCUUACGAUUGGGACAUCUGGGAUGUAAGCUUCCAUUUCUUCUGGUUCACGUGGUAUAAUGCAAGGGAUCUCUGUGCAGGCAUGGAUGUGAUUGAUCAUAAUGGUCGUGUAACCAAUCCACAGCUUCUUGUUUUGAAAAGCGAUGAGGAGAUGAUGGAAUUGAGGCAGAUUAUACUGGAUUCAUAUGAGAUUUGGUUUGGUACAUCGGGCUGGGUCUGGUUUAACUGUAAUGACAUGGAAGAAGAAGGCACAUUCUACUGUGAUAAAAACGGCGAAAAUAUUACCAUGUCAUAUACAAAUUGGGCUGAGAACAAGCCCGAUGACAACGUCACUGAUAGCGUCCCAGAGAACUGCAUCGCAACUUUUGGCUACUGGCCUUUUGAAUGGACUUUAGAUGACGUCGAUUGUAAUGAUAUCAACUACAACGGGAUUAUAAUAUGUGAAAUCAAUAAAUUCUAGUAUUGGGGUCAA